AUGCGACCGGCACACUCCCUGCAUCCGUCCUUUCAUCGCGAAUCGCAGACACCAGAGGACGCCAACGAGAAACAACCACCGACUACAGUGCAGACAGGACGCGACUUUCCAGAGGACCGUGCCUUGAAUCGGUUGGCUUGCGCCCACAGUAUUGUCGUCCUCAAGAAUGACAAUUCCAUUCUGCCUCUCCCCAAAAUCUUGCCCAAGAUCGCUCUCAUUGGUUCCCAUGUACGAACGCCCGCAAUCUCUGGAGGAGGCAGUGCCGCGCUUCUCCCUUAUUAUUCCGUAUCUCUCUACGAUGCUGUCGCCGAAGCCAUCCCCGAGGCUUCCAUUACCUACGAAGUGGGCGCGUACGCCCACAAAAUGCUCCCGGUGAUCGAUGGAAUGUUGCACAACGCCGUGAUCAACUUCUACAAUGAGCCCGCCACGGGCCCCAAUCGGAAGCUUCUUGGCCAAGAAAAUGUCUCGUCGACUUCAUUCCAGCUCAUGGACUACAAUGGUAUUCCGGAGCUGAACAAAGCAUUGUUCUGGGGCGCGUUAGUCGGAGACUUUGUACCGGACGCCACAGGCACGUGGGACUUUGGCCUCACCGUGUUUGGCACCGCAAAUCUGUACUUCGACGAUGAACUCACCAUCGACAACACGACACACCAGACUCGGGGCACGGCAUUCUUUGGUAAAGGAACCGUGGAGAAGUUUGGCUCGAAGGAGCUGAAUUUGGGUCGGCCAACACCGCGACGACGGAAACCAUUGGCAAUGGUGAAUUUUGGCGGCGGUGCCGCCCACCUCGGCGCCUGUCUGAGGAUGAGUCCCGUGCAAAUGAUCGAGCGUGCCGUUCGAGCAGCUAGAAAUGCUGACCAUACCGUCAUCUACACGGGAUUGGGUGGCGAGUGGGAAUCGGAAGGAUUUGAUCGCCCUCACAUGGAUCUUCCUCGGGGCGUGGACGAAAUGAUCACUCAAGUCCUCACGGUCGCGCCGAAUGCGGUGAUCGUCAAUCAGUCUGGGACCCCGGUCACGAUGCCAUGGGCUGACCAAGCAAAAUGCAUCGUGCAAGCAUGGUAUGGAGGGAAUGAGACCGGUCAUGGAAUAUCCGACGUGCUCUUCGGCCAUGUGAACUCGUGCGCCAAACUCCCUCUCUCGUGGCCGAUCCAUGUCAAACACAACCCCGCCUAUCUCAACGAUACCAGUGUUGGCGGCCGUGUUCUGUACGGGGAGGAUGUGUACGUCGGCUACAAGUUCUAUGACAAGACAGAAAGGGAGGUCUUGUUUCCAUUCGGACACGGACUCUCCUAUACCACUUUCGAGCUCUCGGACCCGGAGGUCAGAAUGGUGCCCAAGGUGUUCACAUCGAACCAUCCGAGUGUGGCGGUGAUCAAGGUCAAAAAUACCGGGAGCGUUGCUGGUGCGCAGGUCCUCCAAUUGUACGUUGCCGCUUCCGCUUCCUCGACUCCUCGACCUGUGAAAGAGUUGCAUGGGUUUGAAAAGGUCUUUCUGCAAGCUGGUGAAGAAAAGGAAGUGCACAUCCCUGUAGACCGGUAUGCCACCAGCUUCCGGGACGAGGCUGAGAGUAUGUGGAAGAGUGAGGAGGGACCUUAUGAGGUCUUGGUAGGGACAUCAAGUCAGGAGAUCCUGGGCAAGGGAGAACUGAUCGUCCCUCAAACGCGAUACUGGUUAGGUCUGUAG